AUGUUAUAAUUUUAAAGAAUUUCAAGGCCAAAAAAAUCAAUCUCACAAAGCCUAAUUCUUUAGAAUCCCCCCGUUCUUGAACUUGAGAGUACAAUCAAAGUUAAGGAGCAUUUUUAGCAUUUAAGAUAAAAGCUAAAGGCAAUACCCUAUAUUACAACUCCUGUGGCAUCACCAACUUAAUAAGGAUAGCCUCAAUAACGAAAGAGGAGAGAUAAAAAAGGGAAGAAAUAUAAAUAAGAGAAAACAAAUUUCUAAUUAGAGGUGUCUAGUAUUAGUUCUUCAAUAACAGAUGAAUCUAUAGAUAAAGAUAUAAAAGGCGAAUUUUUAAUAGCAAGUGAUAAUUUGAAAAAGCUUUGCAAAUAACCAAAUCAAAAUAAAAAUAAUUCCUCCUUCAUAAAUUCGCCAUUAUAUCCUUAGAAUAAAUAAGAAUCCUAAAAAAUGGAUUCGUCAUUAAAUUAAUUCGAUAAUGAAAGGGUUAACAUUAAUUUUGUAAAGUCUCUUUAACAUAAUUCGGAUUGUAAAGAUAUACAAGAAUAUUACGAGGAUGGAAACUUAAACAUUUAUUUUUAAAGUAAGGAUAUGCUCACAUUUUUACGUUAUGAACAUGAAGCACAAGAAAUGAUUUAGAAAUCCAAAAUGUUUUGUUAAAACUAAAACCUAUUGGAAACACUAUAGAAUGAGAUUGAGAUCUAUGAAUAAAAAUAGGUCAAAAUUGAUCAAAAGAAGGAAGAAUAAUAAAGGGAGUUUAUUCAAAGAAUAUUACUCUAAGAAGAAUAGAAGUAGAAUUUUUUAAAGAAAGCAAAAACAAAAAAAAUAGGAUAGAUUGCUAAUAAAUUUAUUGAACAUCACAAUUUAGAAUUAAAUCAUUAAAAUUCAUCAGCAGAAAAAUCAAGAAGAAGAAUAGAAGAACUAUAGAAAUGA